UCCUUUUUCCGCUGUCAUUCUCGUUUGUGCCUCCACGAUGAGGGCAGGCGGGAGUAGCGUUCCAACAAAAGUAUCGACCAAGACAGUCGCUCGGAUUAUAACUUUUAUUUUGCACAAAUAACCAGAAGAAUGGAGUCGGAGUUAUGAAAUUAAAGCUACGAGCAAUUGCAAUGGACGUUUUUCUCGUGGAAUUACUGUUUUAUAGUAGCUUGCUCUCUGUAGUUAAUGGAUCCCCCUUGCUGCUGUUUGCCAACCGGCGGGAUGUGAGGCUGGUGGAUGUGGAGAUGGGAAGGCCAGAGUCAGCAGUGGUGGUCAGUGAUCUGGAGGAUGCUGCUGCUGUGGAUUUCCUCUACUCUGAAGGACUCAUCUUCUGGACCGAUGUCAGCGAGGAGGCCAUCAAGCAAACCUACUACAAUCAGUCCACCAACUCUCUGAAAGAGGCCUUGGGGACAAGGCAAACGGUUGUUGUGUCGGGUCUCGACUCCCCUGACGGACUAGCUUGUGAUUGGCUGGGCCGUAAACUAUACUGGACCGACUCGGAGACCAAUCGCAUUGAGUUAGCCAACCUGGAUGGCACCUCUCGCAAGGUGCUAUUCUGGUUGGACCUGGACCAGCCCAGGGCCAUCGCCCUGAACCCAGCCCACCGCUAUAUGUACUGGACAGACUGGGGAGAGGAGCCUCGCAUCGAGAGGGCAGGGAUGGACGGAAGCAACAGGAAGAUCAUCGUGGAGGUGGACAUCUAUUGGCCCAAUGGCCUCACCAUUGACCUGGACGAACAGAAACUGUACUGGGCAGACGCCAAGCUGAGCUUCAUACACAGAGCCAACCUGGACGGCUCCUCACGGGAGACUGUGGUGGAGGGCACCCUCACCCACCCGUUUGCCCUCACCCUGUCAGACGAGACUCUCUACUGGACAGACUGGCAGACCCGCUCUAUCCACGCCUGCAACAAACACACUGGAGACAAGAGGAGGGAGAUACUCAGUGGAAUCUACUCCCCCAUGGACAUCCAAGUGCUGGGUUCAGAUAGACAGCCAGAUAUCCAUACCCCAUGCAGCGACAGCAAUGGAGGCUGCUCCCACCUGUGCCUGCUGUCGCCCAUGCAGCCCUUUUACAGCUGUGCAUGCCCCACUGGAGUCAAGCUCAAGGAGGAUGGGAAGACCUGUCGCCCAGGUGCGGAGCAGGUUCUACUGCUGGCCAGGCGGACUGACCUGAGGAGGAUUUCUCUGGACCUCCCAGAUUUCACUGACAUCGUUCUGCAAGUGGACGACAUCCGCCAUGCCAUCGCCAUCGACUAUGACCCUGUGGAUGGAUAUGUGUACUGGACAGACGACGAGGUUAAAGCCAUCCGCCGCUCCCGCAUUGACGGGACCGAUGCCCAGAACCUGGUCACCACGGAGAUCAACCACCCAGACGGCAUUGCGGUGGAUUGGGUGGCCCGGAACCUUUACUGGACGGAUACGGGUACUGACCGUAUUGAGGUUACAAGGCUGAACGGAACCUCGCGCCGCAUUCUGAUCUCAGAGAACCUGGAUGAACCAAGGGCCAUUGUGCUGGACCCUGUCAAUGGUUACAUGUACUGGACAGACUGGGGGGAGAAGCCUAAAAUAGAGCGUGCUAACCUGGAUGGAAUGGAACGUCUCGUGCUGCUCAAUACCUCGCUGGGUUGGCCCAACGGUUUAGCCAUCGACUAUGAAGCAGGAAAACUAUACUGGGGUGAUGCCAAGAUGGACAAAAUUGAAGUGAUUGAUGUGGACGGCUCCAAUAGGAUGACCCUACUGGAGGACAAGCUACCCCACAUCUUUGGCUUCACGCUGCUGGGCGACUACAUCUACUGGACGGACUGGCAGAGGAGGAGCAUCGAGAGGGUCCACAAGACCAACGCCAUCCGAGAGAUCAUCAUUGACCAGCUGCCUGAUCUCAUGGGACUCAAAGCCACCAGAGUCACUGAGGUCUCCGGCACAAAUGGCUGUGUGGAGGAUAAUGGCGGCUGCAGCCACCUGUGUUUCCACCGGCCCCAGGGCCUGCGCUGUGACUGUCCCAUGGGCCUGGAGCUCCUCAGUGACAUGAGGACAUGCGUGGUGCCCGAGGCUUUCCUGCUCUUCACCAACCGGGCUGACAUCCGCUCCAUCUCCCUCGGGACCAACUCUAACGACGUUGCCAUCCCCCUCACCGGGGUCAUGGAGGCCUCCGCCCUCGACUUUGACGUCUCCGAGAACAGGAUCUACUGGACUGACGUCAGCACCAAGACCAUCAGCAGGGCCUUCAUGAACGGCAGCUCUGUGGAGCAUGUGAUCGAGUUUGGGCUGGACUACCCAGAAGGCAUGGCAGUAGACUGGAUGGGCAGGAACGUGUACUGGGCCGACACAGGGACCAACCGCAUAGAGGUGGCCCGGCUGGAUGGACAAUACCGACAGGUCCUGGUGUGUAAGGACCUGGACAACCCUCGCUCCCUGGCCCUUAACCCUGCCAAUGGCUACAUGUAUUGGACAGAGUGGGGAGGCAAGCCCAGGAUCGCCAGGGCCCACAUGGACGGCAGCAACAUAAUUACCCUAGUGGACAAAGUGGGCAGAGCCAACGGUCUCACCAUUGACUACAUCGACCAGAGACUCUACUGGACCGACCUGGACACCUGUAUGAUAGAGUCAACCAACAUGCAAGGUCUGCAGAGGGAGAUAGUGGCUGACGACCUCCCUCAUCCGUUCGGUCUGACCCAGUACCGGGACUACAUCUACUGGACAGACUGGAACCUGCGCAGCAUCGAGCGGGCCGACAAGCGCUCUGGGCUGAACCGCACCAUGGUCCAGGGACACCUGGAGUACGUCAUGGACAUCCUGGUCUUCCACUCCUCUCGCCAGGACGGUGCCAAUGACUGCUCCCAGAACAACGGCAACUGUGCCCACCUGUGCCUGGCGUCGCCCUCCGGCUCCCAGUGCCGCUGUGCCUCCCACUACAUCCUGGACUCAAACAGCAGGAACUGCAGCUCCCCCUCGAGCUUCCUCCUGUUCAGCCAGAAGGCCUCAAUCAGCCGCAUGGUUCUGGGUGAGCAGAGCCCCGACAUCAUCCUUCCCAUCCACGUCCUCCGCAACGUCCGGGCCAUCAGCUACGACCCCCUAGACCACCUGAUCUACUGGGUGGACGGGCGGCAGAACAUCAGGAGGGCCCGCGACGAUGGCACACAGUCGUCAGUGGUGGUGUCAACCACUUCCACCCACCAGCAGCAGCCUGACAAACAGCCCCACGACCUGAGCCUGGACACCUACAGCCGUACUGUCUACUGGACUUGUGAGGCCACCAAUACCAUCAACCUCCAGCGCCUGGACGGAGAUGCCAUGGGCGUGGUGCUGCGAGAUGAACAUGACAAACCCAGAGCCAUUGUAGUCAACGCCGAAAAAGGGUAUAUGUAUUUCACGACCAUGCAGGAUCGCUCUGCUAAGAUCGAGGGAGCGUCUCUGGAUGGGACAGAGCGGGAGUCUUUGUUCACCACGGGUCUGAUCCGGCCUGUAGCCCUGGCCCUGGACAACAAGCUGGGGAAACUCUUCUGGGUGGACGCUGACUUGAAACGCAUUGAGAGCAGUGACCUCACUGGAGCCAAUCGGAUCGUCCUCCAGGACUCUAACAUCCUGCAGCCCAUGGGUCUGACAGUGCUGGGGGAGCACCUGUACUGGAUCGACAGACAGCAGCAGAUGAUCGAGAGGGUGGACAAGCUGAUUGGGGAGAAGAGGACCCGUAUCCAGGGCCGCAUUGCCUACCUCACCAGCAUUCACGCUGUGGAAGACAUGGACCCUACAGAGUUUGCUUCUCAUCCCUGUUCCCAUGACAACGGAGGCUGCUCACACAUCUGCAUUGCCAAAGGAGACCGGACACCUCGCUGCUCCUGUCCCAUGCACCUGGUCCUGCUGCCCAACCUGCUCAUCUGUGGAGACCCACCCACCUGUUCCACAGAGCAGUUCACCUGUGCCACGGGCGACAUUGACUGCAUCCCCAUGGCAUGGCGCUGUGACGGCGUUGCUGAGUGUGAUGACAACAGUGACGAGGAGAACUGCCCCGUGUGCUCGGCAAUCCAAUUCCAGUGUGACAAGGGCCAGUGUGUGGAUGCUCAGCUACGCUGCAACGGAGAGCCAGACUGCGCAGACAACUCCGAUGAACAGGACUGUGACACCAUAUGCCUGCCCAACCAGUUCCGCUGCAACAACAAGCAGUGCAUCCUGAAGAAACAGCAGUGUGACUCCUACAAUGACUGUGCUGACAACUCUGACGAGCUCUUCUGUGAAUUCCUCACCCCCCCGUCAAGCGACAUUCAAUCACCAUCUCACACCAGCACCAUCGGCCCAGUCAUUGGCAUCAUCCUGUCAGUGUUUGUGAUGGGAGGGAUGUACUUUGUGUGCCAGCGGGUGGUGUGCCGCCGUUACAAAGGUCCCAACGGAGCCUUCCCCCACGAUUACAUCAGUGGCACCUCACACGUACCCCUCAACUUCAUCGCACCCAGCAGCUCACAGCACGGAACCUUCACAGGUAUCUCGUGUGGGAAGUCUAUGAUGAGUUCUGUCAGUCUGAUGGGGAGCAGCUGUAGUGGGGCGCCACUCUAUGACAGGAACCAUGUAACAGGGGCCUCCUCCAGCAGCUCCUCCAGCACUAAGGGAACCUUUUAUCCACAGAUGCUCAACCCGCCUCCCUCUCCAGCCACGGAUCGCUCCCUGUAUAAUGCAGAGAUCUUCUACUCCUCUAACAGUCCCUCCACCACCAGGUCUUACAGGCCUUAUCUAAUGCGCGGUGUGGCACCCCCCACCACCCCAUGCAGCACUGACGUCUGUGACAGCGACUACACCACAAGUCGUUGGAAGAGCAACAAGUACUACAUGGACCUAAACUCAGACUCUGACCCUUACCCUCCUCCCCCCACUCCCCGGAGCCAAUACCUAUCAGCAGAGGAGAGCUGCCCCCCUUCUCCAUCCACAGAGCGCAGUUACUUUCACCUCUGUCCCCCACCCCCGUCACCAUGCACUGACUCUUCAUGACACCCGGGGAAAUAGCCAUGUCUGUAAAUAAUUUUAAAUAUAAACAAAUGAGAAUUAUAUUUUAUUCAUUUCCACUGAUUGCCAUGGGUUAAGGUGGGGAUGGAAUAGGGUCAGAUCAAGUGUGACGUUGUUGUACAGUGAAUUGUAUCACUUGUCUAUAUUUUUCAUGUUUCCCACCCUCGUUUCAGAUGGAGUAUCCUCCUAAUUAGAAGACUUUCAAUUUGACUAUUCUAUUGGCCUUUGAUAAUUCUUUGUUUUUUUCAGCAACGUACUUUAGAACUUCCUUCAAACGUACCAAUUUACAGUGAAAUUUGAACAAGGUGGUCACCAAUAUUGGUUUGAGAAAAUACUCCAUUCAAAUGUUACACUGGUGAUGUGGCCAACCACAUUACCAUUAACAAAACAAAUUGUAAAUAUUUGUAAUUAAGUAAAUAAGAAAUGUUUCACAACAGCCAUGAAAUGCUCUUAUUAAUUGAAAUGAUCCUGAGCAUGUCUUUGUUUUGGAGUUUACCAAAAAUGUGUUUGCUGCUACUGUACAUAUAUACUUUACUCUGAAUUAUGAGAACACCCAACAAAACAAUUAGACAAUAGAUCAUUAAGCUGUUUCAGUUAGUAACGCUAUUAUUUUUGUGUAGAACAGUAUGUAAACAUGUUAAUUGUUUUGAAGGAGUCCUUAUGGAAUAACUCAUAAGAGCAGCUUCAUCGUUGAUGCAGUUAUCAACCAGAAAUGACAAGGUUUUGCACAACCUUAACUCUAUCAUGAAUCUCUUAUGCAAUGUCCAUGUGACCUACUAGACUGACUAUUUCCAUUUAUUGAAACAAUACUGUUGAUAUUUCAGCUUUUAUCAAUGAGACAAAUGUCUAGUUUAGUAAAAGCUAUUCCAUCUUUUGUAAACAAUGUUUGAAAACUGUAGAUGAUUCAAUUGUAGUGAAACCCUCAUACCUUUCAACUUAUAGAUUGAAUUGCAGAGUGGUGAAUAUCAUGCACCUGUAAAAUCAUGGCUCCAUUAUAUUGUCUCACUUUGAAGAUUGGCAACAUUGUCAAACUGAGCACUUCCUUAAAUGAACUAUCCAACCAGUUAAGAAAUGUGAACAGUGAAUGUAAAAUUACAUAAAGAGGGAAAUGUAUUUUGAAUUCAUACCUUGUGCUUGUUUUCUGAGCUUUUUCUCUGCCAUUUGUAUAUAGGCAAUUAACCAUGGUGCUGACAAGUGAAAUUAAAUCAUAUGAUCAAAAGUGUCAGGCUUCCAUCUGUAUGUUGGACACCUAUGGCUUCUAGCGGAGAGGUUGUACAGGUUCCUCAGACCUCCACAACACAACCUGCUGCCCAGCCCAUUUCAAGCCAUGCCCUUACUGGACAGGGACAACUCCAGCUGUACUUCAUUGGGCCAGUAUGUAGAUGCUCCCCAAACAAACCUGUGUUGUGUUAUUUACACUUGUGACAAUUUUUGUAUCAAAAGCAUUUUUAUAUAAUAAAGGUUCUAUUUUAAGGAA